AUGGCGAAACGCGAACAAAAUCGCAUUCUCACAAACGAUGUUGACACUGAACCAUUCGAUGACUCCUCUUCACACUCAAGUGAAGAGGACGAUGACAAAGAAAAUCAAUACUUUGAAGAUACGGUGCCGUUUGACGACGGUGACGCCGCAUUUGAAACUGAGGUGGUGAACUUUGAUGGGGAAACUGAAGUGUUGGAUAUUGCCGGCGAAACUCAGAAAUUGGAUGAUUUUGAUACACAGAUACUGGAUGAAGGGUAUGAAUCUGAGGGGACGCAAGUUUUGGAGAAUUCAGAUGAUGAGGUGUCUGUUGAUGAUACUCAAUGCAUAGACAGUGGUCCGGAUAGCACGGUGGUUACGGAUCAACCGACUACUGAAAGCGGCUCUGACAAGAAGCAAACUGGUUCUGGUUCAAUGCCACCACGGUUUACCUUUAUCCGUGUAGAAGCUUUGCGGCAGGCUGCUUUAGCUAAAAGCAAUUUGAAUUUGAAACAUACCCACGAUCAGUCCAAUCCUGUCACGGGUAUGAAUAAAAAAGAAUCCUUUCUUGGACCUCCUGAGAAGGUUGGGGAAGUUGGUCAGGAACUCAAUCAUGGGAAACACAAUGUGGAAGUUGUGGGAUUUGAGAAUGAAAGUAUGUCUAACUUUGCUAGAACAACCGUAAGAAAACUUUUCAAUGAUGAUUUACCUGUUGAAAUAAAUGAGCCUUCACUUAGCAACAAUGAUUUUAAUGAAGUAGAUAGCUUGGACAAGUCUCCUGACUACCAUGGAGAGUUGGAAAGGUUAAGCUAUGUUAACUCUCAGGAACCCGGAGAAUUAUCACAGAACAAGGCUCUUGAGUGUGUAGAUAGGUUUCUCAAUAGUAAUUUUAUGGAGCUCAAUGAAAAACCUAAUUACUUUACGAAUGUGGAGAAAAAGUCAAAAUCUCUUCCCUGCUUUAAAGGGUUACAAAGUUUGUCCAAGAGAAUUAAUGAUAGAAGCAAAGCUAAACAAACCGAGAUUUUUGAUUGGGAUGAUAACUGCGAGGAUGAAGGUGGAGGAGAUAUAUACCUAAGAAGAAAGGAAGAUUUCUUUAAAGGUGAAAGACACAGGCCAAGAUCUUUGCCAGGAUGCCGGAAAGUCAAAUCAUGCCGACCAAAAGGUGAUAAGGAAGAUGAACAAUCAAGUUUACCUAAUAGAAGGAAAGCUGCAGGUCAUUCUGAAUCAAAGCUGGGGAUGCAUAAUCUGAAAAUAAGGGAUGACAAUAAGCAACAAGCCACAAGAAAGUUGGAAAGGAAUAUUGCUAAUGAGUUAGAUGAAGAAUUUAACGCCAAUUGCUCUAGAGGAGAGAUGGGACCUAAUGGCAAUGAAGAUGGACAGGAAAUGUUAGAUGUAGGUUUAGAUACUCAAAUAGCUGCUGAAGCUAUGGAAGACUUAUUAAACACUGUGGAGGUUGCUGAUCACGUUGCUAAUGAUGCUACUCGUGUUACUAGAAGUAGGUCAGCUUAUCAACUCAAUACCUCUUCCACUGGAAAAAUGGGGCCAGUUACACCAAAGGAACGUACAAGGAAGUAUGACAAGAAAAAAAUUGGUGUAAAAUCAGAUUUGAAAACUUCAGGUUUAUCCAAGAAAUGCACUAAAAAGACUGGACAGCGUGAAAAGGGCAAUGUGAUGAGCAGAUCAAAGAAUAUUGCUAAUGAAUUGGACGAACAGUUUAACGCUAAUUGCUCCAAAGGAGAGAUGGGACCCAAUGGUAAUGGAGAUGGGCAGGAAAUGAUGAAUGUAGGUUUAGAUACUCAAAUAGCUGCUGAAGCUAUGGAAGCCUUAUUCAACACUGUGGAAGUUUCUGAUCAUGUUGCUAAUGAUAACACUCGUGUUACUAGAAGUAGGUUAACUUAUCAAUUCAAUAACUCUUCUACUGGAAAAAUGGGGCCAGUUACACCAAAGGAACAUACAGGUUUAUCAAAGAAAUGUACUAAAAAGGCUGAACAGCAUGAAAAGGGCAAUGUAAUGAGCAGAUCAAAGAAGAGUAAGCUAAAUGCAGAUGGCAACCAAACGUCUGGUACUAAUAAAAAUGGUAGAAUAGUAUCACCUCCAUUAGGUGAGCAAAGAAAGUCAGCUGAAGCUUUAAAAAGACAUCACCUUGAUGAGUUAAAGAAUCUUAAAAGUAAUGACGGAGGUAGUACUGUUGAUAGAAAGCGAGUUCAGGAUGAAGUUUUUCAUUGCACACCAAUUGCUCGUAGAACUAGACGGUCCUUAGCAGUAAGAGAAGGGGCAACAGGGAUUGACCCCCAUGAGAAAAGUAGUGGGUUAGGUCCUAAAUCUACUCCAGGGUCUUUUGAUAACUUUGCAGUAGAUGAUAAUACUAAAUUGUGUCAACAGGAGAAAUUAGCUUCAAAGGAAAAUGUUGUUAGUGUUAGUAAUGGCAUUUCUGUUGAUACAUUAGAUUACCCUAGAAGAAGGAGAUCUCUUAGGAUUACGAGGUUUUCUAAUCAUGACGAAGGAUCUGAGAGUUUAGUUGGUUCGUCUAAGUCAUUCAAGCAAAAUGGAGAUAUUGGGAAAGGGUCAUCUAAGUCAUCUGAGCCAACUGAAGAUAUCGAGAAAUCUACUGCUCGGAAGAGAAAAACGAGGACACAUUCUGUUAUCAAAUCGCAUGUGAUUAACUACAGUCCUUCAUCUUCACAUGGUGGUUUGGUAGUACCUUCUGAUGACCAAAUGCAAAGAAAAACUUUGGAGUCCAAUUUGAACUCAAAUGUUAAGAAUAAUGCAGAAGUCUUGUUGUCCACCAAAAAUUUGGAGGUUACCAUUUCAGAUGAAUCAGUAAGAGAUGGAUACAAGUCACCUGACAUGGCUACCACAUCUCCAGCUAACUGUAAGACACCGGUGAACGACGCAUCACCUGUUUGUAUGGGUGAUGAUUAUUACAAACAAUCAUGCAAAAGAAAAUAUUCAAAAGCAUGUGAUCUCAAAGUAUUUCGUGUGGAUCUUCGUAAAGAACUUAGUAGCUUAAAUGCCAUUAGACCUGAAUUAAUUACUCCCUCUAAAGAUUCAAGGAAGAGGAAGGAUAUGGCUGAUGUUCGAAUUCUUUACAGCCACCAUUUGGAUGGAGAUAUUGUUAAGCAUCAGAAAAAGAUACUAGCACGACUUGGAGUUUCUAUGGCAUCCUCAAUUGCAGAUGCAACUCAUUUCAUAACCGAUCAAUUUGUGCGUACACGAAAUAUGUUAGAAGCUAUUGCCUUUGGCAAACCGGUGGUCACACACUUAUGGAUUGAGAGCUGUGGACAAGCCAACUGUUUUAUUGAUGAGAGAAAUUACAUAUUGAGGGAUGAUAAAAAGGAAAAGGAGUUUGGUUUCAGCAUGCCAGUCUCACUAGCACGGGCUACCCAGCAUCCUCUUUUAGAGGGUCGAAGAGUAUUUGUCACCUCAAAUAUUAAACCUAGUAAAGAGAUCAUUUCAAGUUUAGUAACAGCAGUUCAUGGUCAGGCUGUGGAGAGAGUUGGCAGAUCUGCUUUGAAGGACCAUAAAAUUCCAGAUGAUCUUCUGAUCCUUUCUUGUGAAGAAGAUUAUGCCUCUUGUGUGCCUUUUCUUGAAAAAGGGGCAAUGGUGUACAGUUCAGAAUUAUUGUUGAAUGGCAUAGUUACUCAGAAGCUGGAGUAUGAAAGGCAUCGUCUUUUUGCAGAACACGUGAAGAAAACCCGUUCCACCAUAUGGUUGAAAAGAGAUGAUAGAAAAUUUGCUCCUGUGACUAAAUGCAAUUAG